CGAUUCCGGCCGGACUCUUAUUCUAUCGUAAAUUCUCGCGAUAAAGCCCCAUCCCAUACGUGGCUUCAGACAUAAACAGGGCAGUGUGAGUCCCUUGGAAUGCAUCAGCAAAAUGAAGAUUCAAGCAAAUCAGGGCAAGUAACUGUAAAUAUCUCUCUCUAACUGUAAAUAAAGGGAUAGAGCUGGGCAAUUGUUGAUAUUAUGAAUUUCGUGAAGGCCUACAUUAUUUCUGGGUCUCUUAUGUCAGUCGUUUGAAUCGUUAGUGUAUGUUUAGAUAGCUAGGAUCAAGCAGUUGUUAAGCUAAGGCUAGCCAGCAAGCUUUGAGACCAUAGUUAACCAGCCAGCUGGAUCCUAUUUAGGUGACGUUAUUUACUCAGUGUCGGUCGGAUAUAACUGGAUUUUGGGACAACAUUAUGGCAGAUGUAGAGUCCUCUCUCGAAUUUACCACCUCGCUGGGCUCUCUCCCUCCCCCUCGAACGCGGAUAUUUAAGAUCAUCGUAAUCGGAGACUCUGGGGUUGGCAAGACUUGCCUCACCUACCGCUUCUGUGCGGGCAAGUUCCCGGAGAAAACCGAGGCAACCAUUGGAGUGGAUUUUCGGGAGAAACUUAUCGAGAUUGACGGCGAAAAAAUCAAGGUGCAACUGUGGGACACGGCGGGCCAGGAGCGCUUUAGAAAGAGCAUGGUACAGCACUACUAUAGGAACGUCCACGCCAUCGUUUUCGUCUACGACAUCACCAAUGCCGUCAGCUUCCGGAGCCUUCCGUCAUGGAUUGAGGAGUGCAAGCAGCACUCGCUGGGCCAGGAGGUGCCCCGCAUCCUGGUGGGCAACAAGUGCGACCUGCGCCAUGCUGCCCAGGUGGGCACCGAGGCGGCGCAACAGUUUGCCGACUUGCACUCCAUGCCGCUGUUCGAGACGUCUGCCAAGAACCCGAGCCACGCCGACGGUGACAGCCACAGCAGCAACAGCGACCACGUGGAGGCCAUCUUCAUGACCGUGGCGCACAAACUGAAGUCCCAGAAGCCCCUGAUGCUCAGCCAGCCUGCCGGCGCCCAGAACACGGUAACGCUUCAGAGUCGGAGAGAGGAGGAGGAGAAGGGGGGAUGGAACUGCAGCAGCUGCUGAGGAAUAGAAAAGAGGAGGAAUGAGAGGGGGGAAGGUGGGGGCUUAAUGGGUUGACAAAAACAAUGGGUUUGCUUCUUGUAAUGGUCAGUAUAGAAAGAUGAGGUAGACCUGAUGUGGUGAUUUGAAUAGCUUGCCUGUUUAAAGCAUAUCAGAGGUUUGUAGUUGGAGAUUGCACACACCAGGCAACAUACUUUAAUGGAGUAUGGUAGCCAUCCGCUGGGUUUGGUUUACACACACACACACACAUACACCAUAACCAACAUUAUAUUGCACUUCCUGUCAUGAAAGGAAGUAAUUCAUAAAGGGAACUAGUUUGCAUUGACACUCCAGCAAUGGUCAGGAAACGGCCUAUGACGCGGGUCACCGUGUCUCUUGGUCCUCAUGCACAUCAAACGUUGGAUAUCCCCAUCUCAGAGGGAUAUUAUCUGUGUGCCUGUGUUUCUGAGGUCAACUGUGCAUUUGGACAUUCUCCCAUGUGGUGGUUACAUCCAACCCCCAUCAAAAAGUGAAAUUUCGUGACGCAGAAGAUGUACUGGCAGUAGUUGAAAAUUGCAAAAACGUGUGUUUGUGUAUGCACUGUAUGUUUUGGUACUACCAAGGUAGUAGUCAUAUCUCACACCAGUAACGUGUCUCUCGGAUCAGGUCAUGUGUCUUUUGAACUGUAAACUGUAUAGCUAUAGUGAGCCGCUUAAAGGGACAAAAAAAUACAUGCUUAAUGCUUAGCAAUGUAAAAAGGAAAAGUAUAACCAACCACAGACCUCUUGUGCUGCACAGCUUUCAUGCACGUCUGACUGUCAGAAAUAUCAGGACAAUAUUCACCUGUAGUCCAUCCCUCCCAAAUUACUCCCUCACUCUGUGUCUGUGUAUGUGUGUGUGUGUGUGUGUGCAAUAACUGUUUGCCUUCUCCUAAUGAUUUAACACACCAUAGCUUGCAUGUUGAAUACGAAGAAACAGGCACUCAAAUAGCAUCUUCACGUUCAGCAACUUCAAUAUUAUUGUCACAGCCGGUUCUGUGGCAAGUUGGUCCUAGUGACGUAAAUAGUGAUGUAAAUACUGUCCUUUUUUGUUUGUUGAAUUUCAAACAAAAUCUACGACCGGGCAGAAAUUGGCUGGUGUAUUUCUGUGUGCUGUGAUUCAGCAGACCACGUUAGGGGACUUUAAAUGAGGAAAACGUAAUCUACUGCCACCGUGUAAACGAAAUGAAAGUAGGCCUCCGCCAUAUCUUUUAAGUUGAAAUAUAAACACUAAAGUACACUUCAUUUUAUCCAUACAUUUUGUUUUUGUUAGAACAACAUAAAUGCAAAUGUUAAGUAUUUCCUGAGUUGUAUCAUACAUAUCCUCAUAUUGUAUUUCAACUGAAAGUGUCCUUUUUGUUUUGAUUUCCAAUAUAUAUGCCUUUUACUUUAGGUUGCCUUAUGAGUUUGGCCACCCAUUUUUACCUUAGUUUUGUAAACCUUGAUUAAAAUACUUUUAAAUUACUAUACCAGGAUGCUUCUGGGCACCGUUAUGUAUGUUAAGAUUUCAAUCCUAAACUCCCACUGAGACUUGAAGAAAGUGUCAUUUUAAUAUGUCAUUGAGACAUAAACCAAAGCCCAACGUCUCACAGUUGGGUGGGAGAGGAGGCUGACAAGCUCUGGUCAGAGCUUUGGGAAAAGAGGGGGAAAACGGAAGGAAUGACUUUACUGCAAUGGUUUACUACUACGUGUGAUGAAACCUCUAUAACCUUGCAAUAAAGUAAUUAAAGCAUUUCAACACA